AUGUUUUUUGGGCUUGAGCUGACUUAUGGAAAAGAAGGCAUACGAUUGAGUCAGCUAAAGUAUGCAGAAGAUUUUGUUCAUUUAGCAAAUCUCACAGAUGAUAAGAAGGUUCAUACUCCAAUGGAAGCGAAUACGAAAUACAGAAAAGAGCAAGGAGAGCAAACUUUGUAUAGACAUUUGGUUGGGUCACUUAUAUAUCUUACCAUGAGUCGUCUUGCUGUCUCUUAUGAAGUAGAAGUGUUAAGUCAAUUCGUCACUAAGCCUUACAAGAUCCACAAUUCAGCUUUGCUAAGGGUAAUUAGAUACAUAAGGAGUAUUGUGAAUCGAAGUCUCUUGUUUCCAUCAUCUUCAUCGCUGGAUAUGGUGGGAUAUGCUGAUGCAUAUUGGGAUGGAUGCCCUGAUUCAAGACAAUCCACUACUGGCUGGUGCAUGUCGCUUGGCUCGUGCAUGAUCUCAUGA